AUGCAUCUGAUUCAUUCUUCAGAUUGUCUCAAGAAAACCUGCUAUAGUUUUCUGAAUAGAGCAAAUGUCUAUGAGAAUGUCUACAAGGUUGUAGUUGAGUGUUCAAAGAAUAUUCAGAGAUACAGUGAGGAAGGCCGCGGUGGCAGCAGUGGCGUGUCUGAGGCCCGGGAAAGGCGUGAGCGGUGCGGAGGAGGCGGCGGAGUGCCUUCACCUGAGGCCGCCCUGCGGCUGGGCGGAGGCGGCGGCCAUGGCGGGUCUGUGUGCGCGCGGGAGCCGCGCUCCGCGGCAGACAUCGCUGUGGACUUCACCUGGCAAGAGUGGCAGCACCUGGAUGUUGUUCAGCAAAACCUCUACAGAGAUGUGAUGCUGGAGAACUACAGCAGCCUGAUGUUCUUGGGGAACUGUAUGACCAAACCGUAUUUGAUCUUCAAGUUGGAGCAUGGAUUUGCACCAUGGAGUGUAUUAGAAGGAUCAAUUCAGGGGCUUCCAGGUAUAAAUCAUCAGAGAAGUCACACAGGUGAGAAGCCAUAUGUAUGUACUGAAUGUGGGAAAGCUUUCAUCUACAAGUCACAUCUUAAUAGGCAUCAGAAAAUUCACACAGGUGAGAAGCCAUAUGAAUGUACUGACUGUGGGAAAGCUUUCAUCAGCACAUCAGAGCUUAUCAUGCAUCAGAGAACGCACACAGGUGAGAAGCCAUAUGAAUGUCCUGAAUGUGGGAAAGCUUUCAUCAGGAAGUCACAUCUUAUUACACAUCAGAGAACGCACACAGGUGAGAAACCAUAUGAAUGUCCUGAAUGUGGGAGAGCCUUCAUCUCCAAGUCACAUCUCACUCGUCAUCAGAGGACUCACAAAGGUGAGAGACCAUAUAAAUGUAUUCAAUGUGAAAAAAGCCUCAUCCACAAGGCAGAUCUUACAAAUCAUCAGAGAAUUCACACAGGUGAGAAGCCAUAUAAAUGUACUGAAUGUGGGAAAGCUUUCAUCUGCAAGUCACGUCUUAAUGGGCAUCAGAGAACUCACACAGGUGAGAAGCCAUAUGAAUGUACUGACUGUGGGAAAGCUUUCAUCAGGAAGUCACAUCUUAUUACGCAUCAGAGAACGCACACAGGUGAGAAACCAUAUGAAUGUCCUGAAUGUGGGAAAGCCUUCAUCUCCAAGUCACAGCUCACUAAUCAUCAGAGGACUCACAAAGGUGAGAGACGAUAUAAAUGUAUUCAAUGUGAAAAAAGCUACAUCCACAAGACAAAUCUUGCAAAUCAUCAGAGAAUUCACACAGGUGAGAGGCCAUAUAAAUGUACUGAAUGUGGGAAAGCUUUCAUCUGCAAGUCACAUCUUAAUGGGCAUCAGAGAACUCACACAGGUGAGAAGCCAUAUGAAUGUCCUGACUGUGGGAAAGCUUUCAUCAGGAAGUCACAUCUUAUUGGGCAUCAGAGAACUCACAGGUGA